AUGUCUUUGAUAAAUGAAAGCGAUUACGAGAACAACUCGUUUUCUUUCUUCGGACCAGUUGGCAUGGCGUUCUACGAUGACGGCAUGGUCUUAGAAGACACUUUCACAAUCAAAAUUGCUAUUAGUGUAAUUUUAGGGAUAUACAUGAUUGUGAGUGUGAUUGGAAAUGUUUGUACCCUGGUUGUGAUCGCCCAGGAUCGUACCAUGCGGACUCCAACGAACUGCUACCUCGCCAAUCUCGCUAUUACAGACCUAUUAACUGCUCUCUUCAUCCCACUGGACAUUUACAUUAUCUUUGUACCCGACUUCUAUCCUCUAGGAGAGGUAGGGUGUCGAAUACAUUACGUCCUUUGGGACAUUCUGAGUAACUGCAGCCUACUCAUCAUCACGGCCUUUACGAUAGAACGGUAUAUAAUAGUGAUGAAACCUUUUUUUCGUCAAAAGCUGACGCUGAAUUCUCGAGUCUUCAAAAUCGUUGGUGUUAUAUGGCUCAUAUCAUUGAGUUUUUGUAUCCCUGACGUGUUCUACAUCGACCUCUUGGAAAGAAAGGAAUAUGUGUUUUGUUACUAUUCAUUGACGAAAAUUGUGAGCAUCGUGGUUGCUAUCGAAGUAUUUGUAUUCUUUUUAAUACCAAUGACUACGAUUCUGAUGAUGUACAUCAAAAUAAUGAUAAAAUUGAAGACGGCACAGAAGAAGCUACGAGGUAGCCCGGUUGUUGGAAAACAGAACAGAGACAAGGCGGCGAAAUAAAAUAUAUUUCAGGUGUGGAAGAUUGUCAACUACCUCUGCUAUAAUGGCUACAUGUCUACAGCUGCGAACCCAAUACUUUACAGUCUAAUGUCCCGGAAAUUUCGACAAGCGUUUAAAGAUUUGUUGAAGACGCCACGCGUUUUGAGCCGAAACAGCAUAACACACAAGACAACAUCAACCCACGAUUCAAUAGUUUAA